UACGCCGUCAAGAAGUCCUACAAGAAGAACCAGGACAUCUCCAUCAGCUGCCAGACGACGGGAACCAGCGUCAACGGCAACAACAUCUGGGACAAGACUGCCGAUGGCUGCUACGUCGCCGACUACUACGUCAAGACGGGAUCCAGCGGCUUCGUGACCAAGAAGUGUGAAUCAUCUGGCGGUGGCUCAUCGUCUUCCAGCUACUGCAAGACCAUCAACGGAGCCGGCGUCGAUCUGAUCGCCAAGUGGGAGGGCUUCGUCGCUAGCCCAAAGCCCGACCCCAUUGGUCUGCCCACAGUUGGCUACGGCCAUCUCUGCCAGCAGAAGAACUGCCGAGAGGUCAAGUACAAGUUCCCCCUGACCAAGACUACGGCCAAGGAGCUGCUGCUGGACGACCUACCCAAGUACACAAAGUGCCUUGCCGACUAUCUCAACACCAAGCCAAAGCUCAACGACAACCAAUGGGCGGCUCUGACGUCUUGGGUCUUCAACGUUGGCUGCGGCAACGCCAAGACAUCGACUCUCGUGAAGCGCCUCAACAAUGGUGAAGCUGCCAAUACCGUUGCCGCUGAGGAACUCCCCAAGUGGCGCAUGGCAGGAGGGAAAGUGCUGCCCGGCCUCGAGGCUCGCCGCAAGGACGAGGUUAAGCUGUUCAAGACUGCGUCAUCCAAGCAGGCCUACCCAAAGUGCCAGUAA